GGACUUUGGAAACCUCAAAGCUCACCUGUAAUGACUGACAUAUUUCCCCCAACAGGGAUCCCUCCUAAUCCUCUCAAACAGUUCCACUCACUGUUGACUAAACAUUUAAAUCUAUGAGCCAAUAGUGGGGUGGGGCAUUCUUAUUCAAACCUUCCCACUUUAUCUAUGGAGAAGAUGUGCAUACAGUGCCUGACUGCUGUACUCAGAACUCUAGUAAAGACAAGGUGUCAGAGCUGUAGCCUUUCUUUACAAGAAGGUCUGAGGCAGUCAGUGUGUUAGACUCUUCCUUGCUGUGACAGAUACUGGAGAAAGAGAAACCAUUUAAAUGGGGAGAGAAUUUUUUGUCUCAUGGCUUUAGAGACUUUAAUCCAUGGCUACUUUGUUACCUUGCUUCUGGGCCUGUGGUGAGGCAGGAUGUCAUGUGGGUAAUGCAUGAAUAUGACAGUCCAGAAGUUGGAGAAGAGAGGGACAAGAUAUACAAGAUAUUUCUCCAGUGACCUAUUCUUCCAACAAGACCCCACCUCCUGACUUCCACCACCUUUCUAUAAUUCCAUUGAUUUAGGAGUCCAUUGGUGAUCCAAUUUCUACCCUAAACCAGUCAACUAGUAGUGAGGCUUUUAAUACAUGAGCCUUUAGUUGACAUUUCAGACUCAAACCAUAACACCUGUAUUGCUUGAUGCAUGGAUAAGGCUACCUUUCCAACUUAGAGUUCUUGACCUUAUGCCUACCUUGUGGCACUUCUAUAGAAUUAAUUUAAUAAUGUCUUCUGUGUGAACUGGUUCAGAAAUUUUAAUCAUCUGUGUUUGGUUUGGGAAGGCAGGUUCUGUGAGGGCUUGUGACUAAUUCAUAUGAAAUUCAUGUUUAAAUAAUCAAGACUAUUUGAUUUUCUUCAAAUUAGGAAGGUAUAGAUAGGUAAGAAAGAUUUACUGAACAAGCCAGAUGUGGUAGUAUAUGCCUACAAUCUCAGACUUGGAAAGCAGAGGCAGGAAGAUUGCUACAGGUUCAAAGCCAGCCUAUUCUAAUAUAGUAAGACUCCAUAUCAAAACAAAACAGAAAGAUACACAUAUAUGGUACUAUCAAGAGAAUUUGUGAGAGGUAGAAAAUGCUGAUCUGUUGUUAUAUGUAGAGAGGUAUAGAAGUGGUCACCUAUAAUCCCAGCAUUCAGGAGGCUAAAGGUCAUGAGUUUAAGGACACCUGGGCUACAGAUUGAGAUUCUGUCUUAGGAAUCUGGCUGAAGGAAUGGAUCAUAGAUACUCAGAGUCAAGCAAGGAUUUUCCACAAUAAACUUUUGAAUUGAAUCUGAAAGAUAUUGUUGGCAGGAAACAAACAAGGGCAAAAUUAGCAGAUAAUAAUGUAUUGUUAUUGGAUCUCUGGAUUCUAGAUAAUGCAUUUCCCAGCUCUUUGUCCCAUUUAAUCACCCUCUUGAAAUGGGUUUGCUUUAUUUUUUUUCUUCUUCCUACUGCUACUGUUCCCAUCAAUUAUGUUUCUCUACUAACUCUUCUAUUCCACCCUCAAUAUCUUUAACCACAUACCAAGACUACGAUUGACGCACAGUCAUAGAUCCACUAAGUCAACUCAAACACAAGACUCUUCAUUUCAGGAACUGAUGAUGAAAAAAUGUAAAAGAAAUGAACCUUUGAACUUGAAAUCAGAAAAGCUUUUCAUAUAUGAAGGCAAAUUAGAGGAAAAGCGGGAUAAGAAUAUUUUGACUAUAGAAAGAAACCAUAAAAGCAAUGAAUUUAGCCCAAAGUCACAUAGAGAAAAAAGAUCAUCAGAAUGUGAAAAACAAAACACUUUCAAGCAGAUAUCAUAUUUAUCUAAUCAACCAAAAAUCACACCAGAUAAACGCUAUAAAUGUAGUAUGUGUGAGAAAACUUUUAUCAACACCUCAUCUCUUCGUAAACAUGAGAAAAACCAUAGUGGAGAGAAAUUAUUUAAAUGUAAAGAAUGUUCAAAAGCCUUUAGCCAAAGUUCAGCACUUAUUCAACAUCAAAUAACUCAUACUGGAGAGAAGCCUUAUGUAUGUAAAGAAUGUGGCAAAGCCUUCACUCUCAGUACAUCCCUUUAUAAACAUCUAAGAACCCACACUGUAGAAAAAUCCUACAGAUGUAAGGAAUGUGGUAAAUCCUUUGGCCGAAGGUCAGGUCUUUUUAUACAUCAGAAAGUCCAUGCUAGAGAAAACCCUUAUAAAUAUAACCCGGGUAGGAAGUCAUCUAGUUGCAGCACAUCCCUUCCUGGUCAACGAAUUCAUUCCAGAAAAAAGACCUACUUGUGUAACGAAUGUGGCAACACCUUUAAGUCUAGCUCAUCCCUUCGUUACCAUCAGAGAAUCCACACUGGAGAGAAACCUUUCAAAUGCAGUGAAUGUGGCAGAGCCUUCAGUCAGAGCGCAUCACUUAUUCAACAUGAAAGAAUUCACACUGGAGAAAGGCCUUACAGAUGUAAUGAAUGUGGGAAAGGCUUCACUUCUAUUUCAAGACUCAAUAGACACCGAAUAAUUCACACUGGGGAGAAGUUUUAUAAUUGUAAUGAAUGUGGCAAAGCCUUAAGUUCUCAUUCAACUCUUAUUAUUCAUGAGAGAAUUCACACUGGAGAGAAACCAUGUAAAUGUAAAGUUUGUGGGAAAGCCUUCAGACAAAGUUCAGCUCUGAUCCAACAUCAGAGAAUGCAUACUGGAGAAAGACCCUAUAAGUGUAAUGAGUGUGGGAAAACAUUCAGGUGUAACUCAUCCCUCAGUAACCAUCAGCGAAUUCAUACUGGAGAGAAACCAUAUCGAUGCCAGGAAUGUGGAAUGUCAUUUGGUCAAAGUUCAGCUCUUAUUCAGCACCGAAGGAUUCAUACUGGUGAGAAACCCUUUAAAUGUAACAUAUGUGGGAAAACCUUUAGGCAAAGCUCUUCACGUAUUGCACAUCAGCGAAUUCAUACUGGAGAGAAACCUUAUGAAUGUAACACAUGUGGGAAACUUUUCAACCAUAGGUCAUCCCUUACCAAUCAUUACAAAAUUCAUGUGGAUGAGGACUCUUAAAAAAAAAAAAAAAAAAAAAAAAAAGUAAAUUUGCUUGUGUAAAAGCCUUAAACCAAAGCUCUUCAUAAAGUAUGUGCUUGAGAGAUGUAAUAAACAUAAUGAAUAUGGGGGAAAAACAAUCAACUAAAUCCCAUGGAAAAAUUUUGUAUAACAGGUAGGAGGAAAGUAUUCAAGCCUAACACUUUAAAACAUGACUUGAGAGCCAGCCAUAGUGUUUUAUACAUGUAGUCAUAGCUACUGAGGACACUGAAGCAUGAGGAUUGCCUGAGACUGAGUUUGAGGCAGCCUGAGGAACCUAGGGAGAUCCCAUCCCCAAAACUGAAGACCAUGACUUAAGGCAUUUGUAAAAUGGUGCUUUUCUCUCAGAAGCAGUGUGUGCUGGAUGUAAUUGUAAUCAUAGGCAUCUGAGUGAACAGGGGGGUGUGCUGGACUAAACUCUACACUGGUGAUAUUUUUUAUAAAAUUUUAAUAACAUCCCAAAGGGAUCAAAGAAAUUAACAUUUUUAAGAAAAAGGGCCCAAAAUAAAAGAUUAAAAUGAACUGUAAUCUACCUCUUAGUCUCUGGAAUUGAUCAUUUUAUUUACCUGAUUUCAAAUGUUGUAUGUGGAUUUUAUUAAAAACGGAAAAUAAAAAAGCUGGUCUCUUCUGGUA